AUGUGUGCACUAAAUGCGAAUCCAAGUAAUGAUCCUUUAUCGGGGGAAAGAGUCAAAUUCCAUCGUUUGAUUGUUGACGAACCGAUAAAAGAUGAUAACUCAGUAGUUUAUUUAUCUCAAGCCAAGAUGGAUGCAAUGAAUCUGUUUCGUGGGGACACUGUUUUGGUCAAGGGUAAGAAACGUAAAGAAACGGUGUGUGUAGCCAUUGUGGACGAGAGUUGCCCAGACGACAAGAUUCGUUUAAAUCGUUGUAUUCGCAGUAAUCUACGAGUAAAACCAGGAGAUAUCGUCAGUUUAAAGAGUCUUCCUGACAUCCUCUAUGGGAAACGCAUCCACGUGCUGCCGAUUGACGAUACUAUUUUUGGUCUUACAGGAAAUUUAUAUGAAGCUUUUCUAAAACCAUACUUUUUGGCUGCCUACCGACCUGUACAUAAAGGCGACAUAUUUGUCGUACGUGGUGGGAUGCGAGCUGUUGAGUUCAAAGUAAUUGAAACAGACCCGUCACCUUAUUGCAUUGUUUCCCCCGACACUACUAUUCACACAGAAGGAGAUCCAGUUAAACGAGAGGAUGAGGAAGAAAAGCUGAAUGAAAUAGGUUAUGACGACAUAGGAGGUUGUCGUAAGCAGCUGGCUCAAAUAAAAGAAAUGGUUGAGUUACCUCUUCGUCACCCUCAGCUGUUCAAAGCUAUAGGUGUGAAACCUCCUCGCGGAAUACUCCUUUAUGGACCCCCUGGUACUGGAAAAACCUUAGUUGCUCGGGCAGUAGCCAAUGAAAGUGGAAGCUUUUUCUUUUUAAUCAAUGGGCCGGAGAUAAUGUCAAAAUUGGCCGGCGAGUCAGAAUCUAACCUACGCAAAGCGUUCGAAGAGGCAGAAAAAAAUGCACCAGCCAUUAUUUUUAUUGAUGAACUUGAUGCGAUCGCCCCUAAGAGGGAAAAAACCCAUGGUGAAGUAGAACGCCGCAUCGUUUCUCAAUUAUUAACAUUAAUGGAUGGUCUAAAACAACGGAGCCAUGUAAUUGUCAUGGCUGCUACGAAUCGUCCUAAUAGUGUUGACCCCGCAUUGAGACGCUUUGGUCGUUUUGAUCGCGAAAUAGAGAUAGGUAUUCCUGAUAGUAUUGGGAGACUGGAUAUUUUGCGGAUACACACCAGGAACAUCCGGCUGGCUGAAGAUGUUGAACUUGAGCAAAUAGCCAAUGAAGCUCAUGGUCACGUAGGAGCUGAUCUAGCUUCGUUGUGCUCAGAAGCUGCCCUCCAACACAUAAGAAAUAAGAUGAAUCUUAUUGACUUAGAAGACGACACAAUUGACGCUGAAGUAUUGAACUCGUUGGCCGUAACGAUGGAUGACUUUCGUUGGGCUUUAGGAAAGAGUAAUCCGUCCGCUCUUCGCGAGACCACAGUUGAGGUACCAAAUGUCACCUGGGAUGAUAUUGGUGGGUUAGAAAAUGUGAAACGAGAGCUCCAGGAACUGGUUCAGUAUCCCGUUGAACAUCCUGAUAAAUUCCUGAAAUUCGGUAUGACUCCUAGCAAAGGUGUCCUGUUUUAUGGUCCGCCAGGUUGUGGUAAAACGUUGUUGGCGAAGGCGAUUGCGAACGAAUGUAAAGCCAAUUUUAUCAGCAUCAAAGGACCCGAACUCCUUACUAUGUGGUUUGGUGAAUCUGAAGCAAACGUUCGGGAUAUUUUUGAUAAAGCUCGACAAGCGGCACCGUGUGUGCUUUUCUUUGAUGAACUGGAUUCGAUUGCCAAAGCUCGUGGAGGUAGUGUUGGUGAUGCUGGAGGUGCUGCUGAUCGUGUUAUUAACCAACUUCUAACCGAAAUGGAUGGUAUGUCUGCUAAAAAGAACGUUUUUAUCAUUGGUGCCACUAAUCGCCCAGAUAUUAUUGAUGGGGCCAUCUUGCGUCCUGGAAGACUCGACCAACUCAUUUACAUUCCACUGCCAGAUGAAGCCUCAAGAGCUAAUAUUCUGAAAGCUAAUUUAAGAAAAUCCCCAAUUGCAAAGGAUGUUGACAUUAAUUUCUUAGCAAAAGCUACUCAGGGAUUUUCGGGUGCUGACCUCACAGAAAUAUGUCAGCGUGCCUGUAAACAAGCAAUACGUGAGUCUAUCGAGGCGGAAAUACGUGCUGAAUCUGAAAAGAAAAACAAGCCUAAUGCUAUGGAAGAUGAUUUUGAUCCAGUACCAGAAAUAACUCGUCGUCACUUUGAAGAAGCAAUGCGCUUUGCAAGACGCUCAGUGACUGAAAAUGAUGUACGGAAAUAUGAAAUGUUCGCCCAAACAUUGCAACAGUCAAGAGGAAUAGGUAGUAAUUUCAGAUUCCCUGGAUCAGAUGGACCUGGAAUACCUACAGGUCACGGUACUCAGGGAGGAGGAGGAGGAUCAGCCUAUGGAUCUCAAAAUGACGCAGAAGAUUUAUACAACUAA